CCUGUCGGCGUUGUCGGCCUGCAUGGCACCGCAGUGACCAGGCGGAUCAGUGGAGACUGCAGCCCGGUCGGCCCCCCUCCCUCCCGGCGGCCGCCAUGGCCUUCGUACCCACGUCCAGCCCCACCGUGGUGGACCAGACCACCCUCAUGAAGAAGUACCUGCAGUUCGUGGCGGCGCUCACGGACACGAACACACCUGAUGAAACCAAACUCAAGAUGAUGCAGGAGGUCAGCGAGAACUUCGAGAAUGUGACGUCUUCGCCUCAAUACUCCACCUUCCUGGAGCACAUCAUCCCUCGCUUCCUCACCUUCCUCAAGGACGGGGAGGUGCAGUUUCUUCAGGAGAAACCCACACAGCAACUGCGGAAGCUCGUCCUUGAAAUCAUCCACCGCAUUCCCACAAACGAGCACCUUCGUCCGCACACCAAGAACAUCCUGGCGCUGAUGUUCUGCUUCCUGGAGAUUGAAAGUGAGGAAAAUGUGCUGAUAUGCCUGCGAAUCAUUAUUGAGCUGCAUAAGCAGUUCCGGCCGCCGAUCUCUCAGGAGAUUCACCACUUCCUGGACUUUGUGAAGCAGAUUUAUAAAGACCUUCCUAAAGUUGUGGCGAGGUACUUUGAGAACCCGCAGGUGAUAGCAGAGAACACGGUUCCCUCUCCAGAGAUGGUGGGGAUGAUCACGUCCGUGCUGGUGAAGACGGCGCCCGAGAGGGAGGACAGCGAGACGCGAACCCACACCAUCAUCCCCCGAGGGUCCCUGUCUCUCAAGGUGCUGGCGGAGCUGCCCAUCAUCGUGGUGCUGAUGUAUCAGCUGUACAAGCUGAACAUCCACAACGUGGUGUCGGAGUUCGUCCCCCUCAUCAUGAACACCAUCAUGCUGCAGGUGUCUCCGGCGGCCAGGCAACACAAGCUCUACAACAAGGAGCUGUACGCAGACUUCAUCGCUGCGCAGAUCAAGACGCUGUCGUUCCUGGCCUACAUCAUCCGGAUCUACCAGGACCUGGUGGGGAAAUACUCCCAGCAGAUGGUGAAGGGCAUGCUGCAGCUGCUGUCCAACUGCCCCUCCGAGACGGCCCACCUCCGCAAGGAGCUGCUCAUCGCGGCCAAGCACAUCCUGACCACCGACCUGCGCAGCCAGUUCAUUCCUUGCAUGGACAAACUCUUCGACGAGUCCAUCCUGAUUGGCUCUGGCUACACGGCUCGAGAGACGCUCCGGCCGCUGGCCUACAGCACGCUGGCCGACCUGGUGCACCACGUCCGCCAGAACCUGCCGCUGACGGACCUGUCGCUCGCCGUGCAGCUCUUCGCCAAGAACAUCGACGACGAGUCGCUGCCCAGCAACAUCCAGACCAUGUCCUGCAAGCUGCUGCUCAACCUGGUGGACUGCAUCCGCUCCAAGUCGGAGCAGGAGAACGGCAACGGGCGCGACAUCCUGAUGAGGAUGCUGGAGGUGUUCGUGCUGAAGUUCCACACCAUCGCGCGCUACCAGCUCGUCUCCAUCUUCAAGAAGUGCAAGCCCCAGUCGGAGAUGGGCGUGGUGGACCCGGGGGUGCUGCCCGGGGUGCCGGCCACGCCCACGCCGUCCACCACCCCGGCCAUCCUGCCGCCCGCCCCGCCCACGCCCGUGGCGGCCGCGCCGCCGCCCCAGCCGCCGACCACGCCGUUCGACCGGCCCGGCGACAAGGAGGACAAGCAGACCUUCCAGGUGUCGGACUGCCGCAGUCUGGUGAAGACGCUGGUGUGCGGCGUGAAGACCAUCACCUGGGGCAUCACGUCCUGCAAGGCCCCCGGGGAGGCUCAGUUCAUUCCUAACAAGCAGCUUCAGCCGAAAGAGACUCAGAUCUACAUCAAGCUGGUGAAAUACGCCAUGCAGGCCCUGGACAUCUACCAGGUUCAGGUCGCCAACAACCAGCAGACGUACAUCCGGGUGGCCAACUGCCAGACGGUGCGCAUGAAGGAGGAGAAGGAGGUGCUGGAGCACUUCGCCGGGGUCUUCACCAUGAUGAACCCGCUCACCUUCAAGGAGAUCUUCCAGACCACCGUGCCCUACAUGGUGGAGAGGAUCUCCAAGAACUACGCCCUGCAGAUCGUGGCCAACUCCUUCCUGGCCAACCUGUCUACCUCGGCGCUGUUCGCCACCAUCCUGGUGGAGUAUCUCCUGGAGCGGCUUCCCGAGAUGGGCUCCAACGUGGAGCUCUCCAACCUCUACCUCAAGCUCUUCAAGCUGGUGUUCGGCUCGGUGUCGCUGUUUGCUGCCGAGAACGAGCAGAUGCUGAAGCCUCACCUCCACAAGAUCGUGAACAGCUCCAUGGAGCUGGCCCAGUCUGCCAAAGAGCCCUACAACUACUUCCUCCUGCUGCGGGCGCUCUUCCGCUCCAUCGGCGGCGGCAGCCACGACCUGCUGUACCAGGAGUUCCUCCCUCUGCUCCCCAACCUGCUGCAGGGCCUGAACAUGCUGCAGAGCGGCCUCCACAAGCAGCACAUGAAGGACCUGUUCGUGGAGCUGUGCCUGACGGUGCCGGUGCGCCUCAGCUCGCUGCUGCCCUACCUGCCCAUGCUGAUGGACCCGCUGGUCUCCGCCCUCAACGGCUCGCAGACGCUGGUCAGCCAGGGCCUGCGCACGCUGGAGCUGUGCGUGGACAACCUGCAGCCCGACUUCCUGUACGACCACAUCCAGCCCGUCCGGGCCGAGCUGAUGCAGGCGCUGUGGCGCACCCUCCGCAACCCGGCGGAGAGCAUCUCCCACGUGGCGUACCGCGUGCUGGGCAAGUUCGGCGGCAGCAACCGGAAGAUGCUGAAGGAGUCGCAGCGGCUGCACUACGUGGUGACGGAGGUCCAGGGGCCCAGCAUCAAGGCCGAGUUCACCGACUGCAAGGCCUCCAUACAGCUGCCCAUGGAGAAGGCCAUCGAGACGGCGCUGGACUGCCUGAAGAGCGCCAACACGGAGCCGUACUACCGGCGGCAGGCCUGGGAGGUCAUCAAGUGUUUCCUGGUGGCCAUGACCAGCCUGGACGACAACAAGCACGCCCUCUACCAGCUGCUGUCCCACCCCAACUUCACGGAGAAGUGGAUCCCCAGCGUCAUCAUUUCCCACCGCUACAAGGCUCAGGACACGCCGGCGCGCCGGACCUUCGAGCAGGCGCUGACCGGCGCCUUCAUGUCCGCCGUCAUCAAGGACCUGCGGCCCAGCGCGCUGCCCUUCGUGGCCAGCCUCAUCCGCCACUACACCAUGGUGGCCGUGGCGCAGCAGUGCGGUCCCUUCCUGCUGCCGUGCUACCAGCUGGGCAGCCAGCCCAGCACCGCCAUGUUCCACAGCGAGGAGAACGGCUCCAAGGGCAUGGACCCGCUGGUGCUGAUCGACGCCAUCGCCAUCUGCAUGGCGUACGAGGAGAAGGAGCUGUGCAAGAUCGGCGAGGUGGCGCUGGCGGUCAUCUUCGACGUGGCCAGCAUCAUCCUGGGCUCCAAGGAGCGGGCGUGCCAGCUGCCCCUGUUCUCCUACAUCGUGGAGCGCCUGUGCGCCUGCUGCUACGAGCAGGCCUGGUACGCCAAGCUGGGCGGCGUGGUGUCCAUCAAGUUCCUGAUGGAGCGGCUGCCGCUCAUCUGGGUGCUGCAGAACCAGCUCACCUUCCUCAAGGCGCUGCUGUUCGUCAUGAUGGACCUGACCGGAGAGGUGUCGAACGGAGCGGUCGCCAUGGCGAAGACCACCCUGGAGCAGCUGCUGGUGCGCUGCGCCACGCCGCUGAAGGACGAGGAGAAGACGGACGAGCUGCAGGCCGCCCACGAUAAGUCCUUCCACAUGGUGACGCACGACCUGGUGCGGGAGGUCACCUCGCCCAACUCCACCGUCCGCAAGCAGGCCAUGCACUCGCUGCAGGUGCUGGCCCAGGUCACCGGCAAGAGCGUGACGGUCAUCAUGGAGCCGCACAAGGAGGUUUUGCAAGACAUGGUUCCUCCCAAGAAGCACCUGCUGCGCCACCAGCCUGCCAACGCCCAGAUCGGCCUGAUGGAGGGCAACACCUUCUGCACCACCCUGCAGCCCCGCCUCUUCACCAUGGACCUCAACGUCAUGGAGCACAAGGUCUUCUACACUGAGCUGUUGAACCUGUGCGAGGCGGAGGACGCCGCUCUGAUGAAGCUGCCCUGCUACAAGAGCCUGCCCUCCCUCGUUCCUCUGCGCAUCGCCGCCCUCAAUGCCCUGGCAGCCUGCAACUACCUGUCUCAGUCCAGAGAGAAGAUCAUCGCCGUUCUGUUCAAAGCUCUGAAUUCCACCAACAACGAGCUGCAGGAGGCCGGCGAGGCCUGCAUGAGGAAGUUCCUGGAGGGGGCGACCAUCGAGGUGGACCAGAUCCACACCCACAUGCGUCCGCUGCUGAUGAUGCUGGGCGACUACCGCAGCCUGACGCUCAACGUGGUCAACCGCCUCACCUCCGUCACCCGCCUCUUCCCCAACUCCUUCAACGACAAGUUCUGUGACCAGAUGAUGCAACACCUGCGGAAGUGGAUGGAGGUUGUUGUGAUCACGCACAAAGGCGGCCAGCGCAGCGACGGCAGUGAGAUGAAGAUCUGCUCCGCCAUCAUCAACCUGUUCCACCUGAUCCCGGCGGCGCCGCAGACGCUGGUCAAGCCCCUGCUGGAGGUGGUGAUGAAGACGGAGCGGGCCAUGCUCAUCGAGGCCGGCAGUCCGUUCAGAGAGCCGCUGAUCAAGUUCCUGACGCGCCACCCGUCCCAGACGGUGGAGCUGUUCAUGAUGGAGGCCACGCUCAACGACCCGCAGUGGAGCCGCAUGUUCAUGAGUUUCCUGAAACACAAAGACGCCAAGCCGCUGCGGGACGUUCUGGCCUCCAACCCCAACCGCUUCGUGCCGCUGCUCGUUCCCGCCGGCGCCGCCGCCACGGUGCGCCCCGGGUCUCCGUCCACCACCACCGCCAGGCUGGACCUGCAGUUCCAGGCCAUCAAGAUCAUCAGCAUCAUCGUGAAGAACGACGAGGGCUGGCUGGCGGGGCAGCACUCCCUGGUCAGCCAGCUGCGGCGGGUCUGGGUGAGCGAGGCCUUCCAGGAGCGCCACCGCAAAGACAACAUGGCCGCCACCAACUGGAAGGAGCCCAAGCUGCUGGCCUACUGUCUGCUGAGCUACUGCAAGCGCAACUACUCAGAGAUCGAGCUGCUGUUCCAGCUGCUGCGGGCCUUCACCGGCCGCUUCCUCUGCAACAUGACCUUCCUGAAGGAGUACAUGGAGGAGGACAUCCCCCGCAACUACUCCAUCGCCCAGAAACGCGCCCUGUUCUUCCGCUUCGUCGAGUUCAACGACCCCCACUUCAACGACGAGCUGAAGGCGAAGGUGCUGCAGCACAUCCUGAACCCGGCCUUCCUGCACAGCUUCGAGAAGGGGGAAGGCGAGCAGCUGCUCGGGCCGCCCAACCCGGAGGGAGACAACCCCGAGAGCAUCACCAGCGUCUUCAUCACCAAGGUUCUGGACCCGGAGAAGCAGGCGGACCUGCUGGACUCGCUGCGGAUCUGCCUGCUGCAGUUCUCCACCCUGCUGGUGGAGCACGCGCCCCACCACAUCCACGACAACAACAAGUCGCGCAACAGCAAGCUGCGCCGCCUCAUGACCUUCGCCUGGCCGUGCCUGCUGCCCAAGGCCUGCGUGGAUCCCGCCUGCAAGUACAGCGGCCACCUGCUGCUGGCCCACAUCAUCGCCAAGUUCGCCAUCCACAAGAAGAUCGUCCUCCAGGUGUUCCACAGUCUGCUGAAGGCUCACACCAUGGAGGCCCGGGCCAUCGUCCGCCAGGCCAUGGCCAUCCUGACGCCGGCCGUGCCGGCGCGCAUGGAGGACGGCCACCAGAUGCUGACCCACUGGACCCGCAAGAUCAUCGUGGAGGAGGGCCACACCGUGCCGCAGCUGGUCCACAUCCUGCACCUCAUCGUGCAGCACUUCAGGGUCUACUAUCCGGUCCGCCACCACCUGGUGCAGCACAUGAUCAGCGCCAUGCAGCGGCUGGGCUUCACGCCCAGCGUGACCAUCGAGCAGCGGAAGCUGGCGGUGGAUCUGGCCGAGGUGGUGAUCAAGUGGGAGCUGCAGAGAAUCAAAGACCAGCAGCCAGAGUCGGAGGCCGAGAUGGCGCCCGGCGGUGAGGGGACGAGCGGGGCGGCCGUGAAGCGAGGGCUGUCGCUGGACGCCGCCGCCGCCGCAGGACAGGACGUGAAGAGGUUCCGCACGGCGGCCGGCGCCGCCUCCACGGUGUUCGGCCGCAGCCAGUCGCUGCCGGGCACGGAGACCAUGCUCACCAAGCCGGUGGAGAAGCAGCACACCGACACCGUGGUCAACUUCCUCAUCAGGAUCGCCUGCCAGGUGAACGACAGCACCAACGUGGCGGGCUCCCCCGGCGAGCUGCUGUCCCGCCGCUGCGUCGGCCUGAUGAAGACGGCGCUGCGGCCCGACAUGUGGCCGCGCGCCGAGCUCAAGCUGCAGUGGUUCGACAAGCUGCUGAUGACCGUGGAGCAGCCGGCUCAGGCCAACAUCUCCAACAUCUGCACCGGCCUGGAGAUCCUGUGCUUCCUGCUGACGGUGCUGCAGUCGCCGGCCAUCCUGGCGCACUUCAAGCCGCUGCAGCGCGGCAUCGCCGCCUGCAUGACCUGCGGCAACACCAAGGUGCUGCGCGCCGUGCACUCCCUGCUGUCCCGCCUCAUGAGCAUCUUCCCCACCGAGCCCAGCACGUCGACUGUGGCGUCCAAGUAUGAGGAGCUGGAGUGCCUGUACGCCGCCGUGGGAAAGGUCAUCUACGAGGGGCUGACCAACUACGAAAAAGCCACCAGCAACACCAACCCCACGCAGCUGUUCGGAACGCUGAUGAUCCUGAAGUCGGCCUGCAGCUACAACGCCAGCUACAUCGACCGCCUCAUCUCCGUCUUCAUGCGCUCGCUGCAGAAGAUGGUGCGGGAGCACCUGGGGCCCCAGCAGGCCAACCCGGGCGUCACCGAGACCACCACAGUGACCAGCGAGCUGGUGAUGCUGAGCCUGGACCUGGUGAAGACCCGGCUGUCCGUCAUGAGCAUGGAGAUGAGGAAGAACUUCAUCCAGGUCAUCCUCACCUCCCUGAUCGAGAAGUCGCCCGACCCCAAGAUCCUGCGCGCCGUGGUGAAGAUCGUGGAGGAGUGGGUGAAGAACAACUCGCCCAUGGCCGCCAACCAGAUGCCGAACCUGCGCGAGAAGUCCAUCCUGCUGGUGAAGAUGAUGACCUACAUCGAGAAGCGCUUCCCCGACGAGCUGGAGCUCAACGCCCAGUUCCUGGACCUCGUUAAUUACGUCUACAGGGACGAGAGCCUGUCGGGGAGCGACAUCACGUCCAAGCUGGAGCCGGCCUUCCUGUCGGGGCUGCGCUGCUCGCAGCCGCUCAUCCGCGCCAAGUUCUUCGAGGUGUUCGACGCCUCCAUGAAGCGGCGCGUCUACGAGCGGCUGCUCUACAUCUGCUGCUCGCAGAACUGGGAGGCCAUGGGCAGCCACUUCUGGAUCAAGCAGUGCAUCGAGCUGCUGCUGGCGGUGUGCGAGCGGAACACCAUCAUCGGCACCAGCUGCCAGGGCUCCAUGCUGCCCUCCAUCACCAACGUCAUCAACCUGGCCGACAGCCACGACCGCGCCGCCUUCGCCAUGGCCACGCACGUCAAGCAGGAGCCGCGCGAGCGCGAGACCAGCGAGACCAAGGAGGAGGAUGUGGAGAUCGACAUCGAGCUGGCGCCGGGCGACCAGACGACCAUCCCCAAGACCAAGGAGCAGGCGGAGAGGGACGCCGGCAACCAGCUGCACAUGCUGACCAACCGGCACGACAAGUUCCUGGACUCCCUGCGCGAGGUCAAGACCGGGGCUCUUCUCAACGCGCUGGUGCAGCUCUGCCACAUCUCCACGCCGCUGGCCGAGAGGUCCUGGGUGCAGCUCUUCCCUCGCCUCUGGAAGAUUCUCUCCGACAGGCAGCAGCACGCUCUGUCCGGGGAGAUGAGCCCCUUCCUGUGCAGCGGCAGCCACCAGGCCCAGAGGGACUGCCAGCCCAGCGCCCUCAACUGCUUCGUGGAGGCCAUGUCGCAGUGCGUGCCGCCCAUCCCCAUCCGGCCCUGCGUGCUCAAGUACCUGGGCAAGACGCACAACCUGUGGCUGCGCUCCACCCUCAUGCUGGAGCAGCAGGCCUUCGAGAAGGGCCUCAGCCUGCACAGCAAGCCCAAGCAGAGCACCGAGUUCUACGAGCAGGAGAGCAUCACGCCGCCGCAGCAGGAGAUCCUGGACUCGCUGGCGGAGCUCUACUCCCUGCUCCAGGAGGAGGACAUGUGGGCCGGCCUGUGGCAGAAGAGGUGCAAGUUCCCCGAGACGGCCACGGCCAUCGCCUACGAGCAGCACGGCUUCUUCGAGCAGGCUCAGGAAAGCUACGAGAAAGCGAUGGAGAAGGCCAGGAAGGACCACGAGAGGAGCAACGCGUCGUCCGCCAUCUUCCCCGAGUACCAGCUGUGGGAGGACCACUGGAUCCGCUGCUCUAAAGAGCUGAACCAGUGGGAGCCGCUGACCGAGUACGGCCAGUCCAAAGGCCACUCCAAUCCCUAUCUGGUGCUCGAGUGCGCCUGGAGGGUUUCCAACUGGGCGGCGAUGAAGGAGGCGCUGGUGCAGGUGGAGCUCAGCUGCCCCAAGGAGAUGGCGUGGAAGGUGAACAUGCACCGCGGCUACCUGGCCAUCUGCCACCCGGAGGAGCAGCAGCUCAACUUCAUCGAGCGCCUGGUGGAGAUGGCGUCCAGCCUGGCCAUCCGCGAGUGGCGGCGGCUGCCGCACAUCGUGUCGCACGUGCACACGCCGCUGCUGCAGGCGGCCCAGCAGAUCAUCGAGCUGCAGGAGGCGGCCCAGAUCAACGCCGGGCUGCAGCCGGCCAACCUGGGCCGCAACACCAGCCUGCACGACAUGAAGACGGUGGUGAAGACCUGGAGGAACCGGCUGCCCAUCGUGUCCGACGACCUGUCCCACUGGAGCAGCAUCUUCAUGUGGCGCCAGCACCACUACCAAGCCAUCGUGACGGCGUACGAGACCAACACGCAGCACGACCCCAACAACAACAACGCCAUGCUGGGCGUCCACGCCUCGGCCUCCGCCAUCAUCCAGUACGGGAAGAUCGCCCGCAAGCAGGGCCUGGUGAACGUGGCUCUGGACAUCCUGAGCCGGAUCCACACCAUCCCCACCGUGCCCAUCGUCGACUGCUUCCAGAAGAUCCGGCAGCAGGUCAAGUGCUACCUGCAGCUGGCGGGCGUCAUGGGCAAGAACGAGUGCAUGCAGGGUCUGGAGGUGAUCGAGUCCACCAACCUGAAGUACUUCACCAAGGAGAUGACGGCCGAGUUCUACGCUCUGAAGGGCAUGUUCCUGGCUCAGAUCAACAAGUCGGAGGAGGCCAACAAGGCGUUCUCGGCGGCGGUGCAGAUGCACGACGUGCUGGUGAAGGCCUGGGCCAUGUGGGGCGACUACCUGGAGAACAUCUUCGUCAAGGACCGCCAGCUCCACCUGGGCGUGUCGGCCAUCACCUGCUACCUGCACGCCUGCCGGCACCAGAACGAGAGCAAGUCCCGCAAGUACCUGGCCAAGGUGCUGUGGCUGCUCAGCUUCGACGACAAGAACACCCUGGCGGACGCCGUGGACAAGUACUGCAUCGGCGUGCCGCCCAUCCAGUGGCUGGCCUGGAUCCCGCAGCUCCUCACCUGCCUGGUGGGGUCGGAGGGCAAACCGCUGCUCAACCUCAUCAGCCAGGUGGGACGAGUGUACCCCCAGGCCGUCUACUUCCCCAUCCGCACCCUCUACCUGACUCUGAAGAUCGAGCAGCGGGAGCGCUACAAGAGCGACUCGUCCGGCCAGCAGCAGCCCAGCUCGGUGGGGGCCCAGCCGCACUCGGGCGGCUCCGACCCGGGCCCCAUCCGCGCCACGGCGCCCAUGUGGCGCUGCAGCCGCAUCAUGCACAUGCAGCGCGAGCUGCACCCCACCCUGCUGUCCUCCCUGGAGGGCAUCGUGGACCAGAUGGUCUGGUUCAGGGAGAACUGGCACGAGGAGGUGCUGCGGCAGCUCCAGCAGGGCCUCGCCAAGUGCUACUCGGUGGCCUUCGAGAAGAGCGGCGCCGUGUCGGACGCCAAGAUCACGCCGCACACGCUCAACUUCGUCAAGAAGCUGGUCAGCACCUUCGGCGUGGGCCUGGAGAACGUGUCCAACGUGUCCACCAUGUUCUCCAGCGCCGCCUCCGAGUCGCUGGCGCGCCGCGCCCAGGCCACGGCGCAGGACCCGGUCUUCCAGAAGAUGAAGGGCCAGUUCACCACAGACUUCGACUUCAGCGUCCCGGGAUCCAUGAAGCUGCACAACCUCAUCUCCAAGCUGAAGAAGUGGAUCAAGAUCCUGGAGGCCAAGACCAAGCAGCUGCCCAAGUUCUUCCUCAUCGAGGAGAAGUGCCGCUUCCUCAGCAACUUCUCGGCGCAGACGGCCGAGGUGGAGAUCCCGGGCGAGUUCCUCAUGCCCAAACCCACGCACUACUACAUCAAGAUCGCCAGGUUCAUGCCCCGGGUGGAGAUCGUCCAGAAGCACAACACGGCGGCGCGCCGCCUCUACAUCCGCGGCCACAACGGCAAGAUCUACCCGUACCUGGUGAUGAACGACGCCUGCCUGACGGAGUCGCGGCGGGAGGAGCGGGUGCUGCAGCUGCUGCGCCUCCUCAACCCCUGCCUGGAGAAGAGGAAGGAGACCACCAAGAGGCACCUCUUCUUCACCGUGCCCCGGGUGGUGGCGGUGUCGCCCCAGAUGCGCCUGGUGGAGGACAACCCGUCGUCGCUGUCGCUGGUGGAGAUCUACAAGCAGCGCUGCGCCAAGAAGGGCAUCGAGCACGACAACCCCAUCUCGCGCUACUACGACCGGCUGGCCACGGUCCAGGCCCGAGGCACGCAGGCCAGCCACCAGGUGCUGAGGGACAUCCUGAAGGAGGUGCAGGGCAACAUGGUGCCGCGCAGCAUGCUGAAGGAGUGGGCCCUGCACACCUUCCCCAACGCCACCGACUACUGGACCUUCCGCAAGAUGUUCACCAUCCAGCUGGCGCUCAUCGGCCUGGCCGAGUUCAUGCUGCACCUCAACCGGCUCAACCCCGAGAUGCUGCAGAUCGCGCAGGACACGGGGAAGCUGAACGUCUCCUACUUCCGCUUCGACAUCAACGACGCCACGGGCGACCUGGACGCCAACCGGCCCGUCCCCUUCCGCCUGACGCCCAACAUCUCCGAGUUCCUGACCACCAUCGGCGUGUCGGGCCCGCUCACCGCCUCCAUGAUCGCCGUGGCGCGCUGCUUCGCCCAGCCCAACUUCAAGGUGGACGGCAUCCUGAAGGCGGUGCUCCGCGACGAGAUCAUCGCGUGGCACAAGAAGACGCAGGAGGACACCAGCAUCCCGCUGUCGCCGGCCGGCCAGCCGGAGAACAUGGACUCGCAGCAGCUGGUGUCGCUGGUGCAGAAGGCGGUGACCGCCAUCAUGACGCGGCUGCACACGCUGGCGCAGUUCGAGGGCGGCGAGAGCAAGGUCAACACGCUGGUGGCCGCCGCCAACAGCCUGGACAACCUGUGCCGGAUGGACCCGGCGUGGCACCCCUGGCUCUGA